AUGAUUCACUUGGAAGAACAUCGAGAAGUUGGUGAUGGGCCGAAAAAAGCUGAACAAUUAGCAAAAGCACAUGCUGAAUACUGUCAACAAGCUAUGGAAGACGUAAAUAACGCACGCUUAUUACGUGAUGAAGGACAAGAAUUAAUCUCAUCACAAGAUGUUGAAUUAACAGCAAGUUUGUUACCAAAGUGUGAUGAACUUGAUCGUAUGGCUGAUGCAUUAAGCGGCGCACUUGAACGACGUGCUAAAGUAUUGCAAUUAAGCAAGGAUAUGCAUCAACAAAUACAUGAGGCAAAUAAUUGGUGUCAUCGUGGUGUUGAACUGUUGACAACAAUACCAUAUGAUUGUACAGCGAGUAAUGCUGCCAAUGCAUUAACAACAGUGGACAAAUAUAUUGAAGAAGGCGAAUCAUUGAAGGUUGAAAUGAUUUGUGAUAGGUUGGAUACUUUUAAUAAUGAACCAGAUUUAAACAAAUUGAUAAUGCUUACUACGACUGAAACAUCAACAUUACUUACACAGGUUGCAGAACGUAUUGAUGAUAUGCGACGUCUAAGCGUUUCGCGACGUGAUGCAUUACAAAAAAUAGCAAUGCGUGAAAUUCGUAAACCACCUGUUCAGGUUGUUAGUCCGGAAAAGUUACAAUGCUCGAAUGAUGAUAAACAUUGUUCGGUUACUAUCGUUAAUAAGAAUUCAGUUCCAACAUCACCAACUAAA